AUGUCUGACAACAAGCAGGGCGGAAAGUGGUCCAACCCGGCCUUUCUCCAUAGCCUGGUCGUCGGCUUCUACGGCGAGCUGAAGAACGGCAGUCUCCCACAGGAGGCGAAGGAUCGUGUCGAGGCGAAGCUUCGUCGCGAUGGCUUCGAGGACACCACCUGGGAUAGUGUCCGUUUCUACUGUUAA